GAGCUUGCUGCAGACUUGCAACAAUCGCUGGGGAGUUCACGGACUGAGUGGGAUGAGAUGCGUUCGGAGCUGCACGCCUUCGUUGACGAGCAGCGAGUUUUCUGCGGGUUCCUGGACACAGAGCAAAGGUCUUAUCACGACCUCAUACGACAGGAGGUGACAUCUCUCUCACGCUUGGUUGAUGCAAGCCUUCGCAUCGAUCCCGGCCUCGAUCCUGCGAUGGGGUCGCCAUCGUCACGCCCAACACCCGUUCAGGUUGUAGAGCCAAUGGAGCCAUCGGCGUCGAUGGCACAAACUGCAAGGAGUGCUUGA